AAAAAAAUCAUCAAAUUUUUUGAUACGGGCCUGGUAGAUUCAAGCCUUCAACAGAAAAGCACCAUUUGGAUUCAACCAUAAAACAUCAUCAAAGUUUUUGAUUUUCAGGUGUAUUCUUUCCUUACUAGUUACUAUAAUGUUUCCUAAAAAGCACUUAUCAGGAGCUGAAAAAAGAAAAAAACGAAAAAUAGUUGAAGAAUCUAAAUUGAAACAAAAAGGGUCUUUAGAUAAGUUCAUUAAACUGAAACCAAUUGGUUCUUCUAGUGUUUCAAAUGAACAUGAUGAUACUAAUGUGUCAAAUGAACGUGAUGAUACUAAUGUGUCAAAUGAUUGUGAUGAUACUAAUGUGUCGAAUGAACGUGAUGAUACUAAUGUGUCGAAUGAACGUGAUGAUACUAAUGUGUCAAAUGAACACGAUGAUACAAAUUUGUUUAAUGAUUGUGAUGAUGCUAAUUUUAAUAAUCCUUUAGAUAUUUAUGACCCUAGAAAUUGGAAUGUUCUUGAUAAUAAAACAAGAGAUAUUCUAAUUGAAAAAGGGCCAAUAAGGGAAAUAAGUCUUGUGUUUCCUAAAGAUAAAUUAUCUAGACAUUUCUCUUAUGUUUUUUAUACCCAAAAAUUAAAUAAUGGAGAGACACGAGAUCGGAAAUGGCUAGUUUACUCAAAGUUUUUGGAUAAAGUUUUUUGUUUUUGUUGUAAACUUUUUAAAUCUAAUAAUCAAAAAGGUUUUUUAGCAAAUGAAGGAUAUAAUGAUUGGAAACAUCUUAGUGUUCGACUUAAAGAACAUGAAAGUAGUAAUGAACAUUUGAGUUGUAUGAGUUCUUGGAAUGAAGCAAAACAAAGAUUGAACAAAAACCUUACUAUUGAUAAAGAUUUACAACAAGAAAUUUUAAAGGAAAAAGAGCGUUGGAGGCAAGUUUUAAGAAGAAUAAUUGCUGCUGUGAAAUAUUUAUCUAAAUAUAAUUUGGCUUUUAGAGGUUCUAACUCUAAACUUUAUGAAGAUAGUAAUGGUAACUUUUUGGGUGCAAUACAAAUGAUGGUGGAAUUUGAUGGCAUAAUGCAAGAUCAUGUUAGACGCAUAGAAAAUCAAGAAAUUCAUCAUCAUUAUCUUGGCCCCAAAAUUCAAAAUGAACUUAUUUCUCUUUUAGGCCACACGGUUAGAAGUUCUAUCAUUAAAAUAAUUAAAGAGGCUAAAUAUUUUUCUAUAAUUCUUGAUUGUACUCCGGAUGUGAGUCAUCAAGAGCAAAUGACUUUAAUUGUAAGAUGUGUGAAUUUGUCUUCUAACAAAAUACAAGUUAAUGAAUAUUUUUUAGAAUUUUUAAAAGUUGAUGAUACUUCUGGUUUGGGACUUUUUAAUGAGUUAUUAGAUGCAUUAAAAUUGUUAGAUCUUGAUGUGAAUGAUGUAAGGGGUCAAGGUUAUGAUAAUGGGUCUAACAUGAAAGGAAAACACCAAGGGGUUCAAAAACGAUUUCUUGAAAUUAAUCCUAGAGCUUUGUAUAUGCCAUGUGCUUGCCAUAGUCUAAACCUUACUGUUUGUGACAUGGCACUUUCUUGUCGUAAAGCUGUUUCUUUUUUUGGUAUUGUUCAACGCUUAUAUUCAUUAUUUUCUAGUUCUACUAAAAGAUGGAAAGUAUUAUUGGAUAAUGUUCCAACUUUAACUAUAAAGUCUUUAUCUAAUACUCGUUGGGAAAGUAGAAUUAAAAGUGUCAAAGCUAUUAGAUUCCAAGCUCCUCAAAUAGUAUUAGCUUUGCUAAACUUGGCUAAAUCAUGUGAUGAUCCAAAAUCAAAAAGUGAAGCCAAAAGUUUAGUUAAAGCUAUUAAGAGUUUUGAAUUUUUACUUAGUAUGGUUAUUUGGUAUGAAAUUUUAUUUGCUAUUAAUAUGGUAAGUAAAAAAUUGCAAUCUAAAUCUAUUUGUAUUGAUGCCACUAUUAACCAAUUACAAAAUGUAAUGACAUUUUUUAAGAAAUUUAGAAAUGAAGGGUUUGCUUCAAGCAUAAAUAUUGCUAAAACAAUUGCUUUAGAAAUAGGUGUUGAACCUACAUUUCCACAUAGGCGUAAUGUCACUAGAAAAAAACAAUUUGAUGAAAGUGAUAGUGAAGAAGAAGAAAUACAAUCACCGGAAGAGUAUUUUAAGAUUCAUUACUUUUAUGUUGUUGUGGAUGUUGCAAUUGUUUCAUUAAAUACUAGAUUUGAACAAUUAAAAUAUUUUGAAAGUAUAUUUGGAUUUUUAUAUGAUUCAAAGAUUUUAAAGUCAGUGGAUGAAAAUAAGCUUAAAGAGUGUUGUAUAAAGUUUUCAAAUACCUUUUCUAAUGACAAUUUUUCUGAUGUGGAUUCAAAUGAUCUUUUUACCGAAUUAAAAUUUUUGCAAAAGACUCUUCCUAAUCAUAUUAAAUCUGCAGUUGAAAUUCUAGAAUUUGUUAAAGUUGAGGAUUGUUAUCCAAAUGUUUUUAUUGCAUAUAGAAUCCUAUUAACUAUUCCUGUAACUGUUGCAUCUGCAGAGAGGAGUUUUUCAAAGUUGAAGUUAUUGAAGAAUUACUUAAGGUCGUCGAUGUCACAAGAAAGGUUGAACGGCUUGGCAAUUCUAUGUAUAGAGAAGGACAUGCUAGACAAGAUUGAUCUUGAAGAUAUUAUUAAUGAUUUUGCAUCUCAAAAAGCUAGAAGGAGUAUUUUUCUUUAA